AUGCCAGGACCCCUACCUCGGUGUGCCCGCAAGCUGUGGGCCUGGAGCUCUGAGAGGAAGCCCUGGCACCUCGCAGGGAAGAAGGCGGACCCGAGCGGGCGGCCUGAACUAAAAUGCAUCCAAACCGGCUGUCGCCACACAGGGGCUCCAGGACGGCUCGCUCACCUGCCGCAGGCCUGUGGCGCCCGCCCCCCCUCGUCCGCACCUUCCGCGCUCCCCGGCAGCUGGGCUCCCCCACCCCCCCAGCAGCCGCGGCGCUCAAGCCGCGGUUCGCCCAGCCUCUGCCCCGCCAGCCCCGCUCCACUUCUCGCGAGGCGGCAAAGCGCGGCUCCUGCAAACGUGAACUGCCUCGCUCAGCGUGUUUGCGGGACGUACCGCCCAGCACGCUCUGCACGGUCCCGGCGCCGGGCAGACAGCGUUAGGCAAAGGGGAACCCCGGGGAACCCCGAGGCCGCCCCGGCGCACCCCGAGGCCGCCCCGGCGCCGCGCCCUCGAGGCCAGGCCAUCGACGGCGGGCCUGUCAGGCGGCGACCGGGGCCUCAAGGGCAGCAACGCCGCCCCGGGCUGGAGCCACACGCGACUCCCAGCGACGCGGAGCAGAAGCCGGCAGGAUUUCUCAACAAUCUGAGAAAGGUCAACUGUUGCAGAUCUUCAGGGUACAUCACAGACACCGCUGCCAGCCCAGCUCCCACACUACGGAGCGCUCACUCAGAAACCCCGGCGGCGGCGGCCCCACGUGACAGAGCGGCUCUGGAGCCCGCUCGCGCCCACCCAGGGGCCGGUCUCCGCCAACUCUAAGCUGUCUUCUACAAAAGUUAAGGCAAAGUCAUUUUCAAGUUUAAAUAAAAUUCAAGUCUUUAAAUAUUGGAUGGAAAUAAUUUU